ACCAGCUGAACAAAGUGAAGACCGCCACAGCCACCGCAGCUGCCGCUCCUUCCUGAAGAAACGCGUUCCAGUCUGCUGCUGUAAACAGGUUCAGUACAGAGCAACCAUGCAGGCUCAGGAAGUCCUGAGACAGCUGCGGAUCCCCGAGCUGGAUGACUUUCGGCAUUACGUCAGAGGCUUUCCCACCAAUGCUCUCAUGGGUAUGGGCGCCUUCGCGGCCAUCACCACCUACUGGUUCGCCACCCGGCCGAAAGCCCUCAAACCACCCUGUGAUCUUGGACUGCAGUCAGUGGAAGUACCAGGUGGUGAGCGUGCAAGAAGAUCGGUACUGUGCGACGGUGACUCUUACAUGACACACUACUACAGCGAUGCACGCACAUUAUAUGAGGCGUUCCAUCGAGGGCUCAGAGUUUCAAAUAACGGACCAUGUCUAGGAUCGAGGAAACCAAACCAGCCGUAUGAAUGGCAGACUUAUAAAGAGGUAAUAGACAGAGGAGAGUACAUUGGCUCUGCCUUCCUUCACAGAGGACACUCUCACACAGGAGACAGAUUCAUCGGCAUCUUCUCUCAGAACAGACCAGAGUGGACCAUUGCAGAGCUAGCCUGUUACACAUACUCCUUGGUGGCUGUCCCGCUGUAUGACACACUUGGUACAGAGGCCAUCGACUACAUUAUUGAUAAAGUCACCAUCUCAACAGUGAUCUGUGAUAUCCCCGAAAAGGCCCGGAUGAUUCUGGACUGCGUCAACGGAAAAGCACGAGCAGUGAAGACGAUUAUUCUCAUCGAGGCGUUUGAUAGCGACCUGGUGACCCGCGCAAAGGAGAGCGGCAUCGGAAUCCUGAGCUUAAAGGAGUUUGAGGCCUUGGGUAAAGCUAACCUCCAGAAACCAGUGCCCCCCAAGCCAAACGACCUUGCUCUUAUCUGCUUUACCUCUGGAACAACAGGAUACCCAAAAGGUGCAAUGAUUUCUCAUGAAAAUGUAAUCAGCAACACUGGAGCUUUCAUUAAAGUGACCACGGUACACUGCAUGCUGAACGCCCAUGACAUUCAUGUAUCCUAUCUCCCCCUAGCUCACAUGUUUGAGAGGGUUGUGCAGGGUGUCGUGUUCGUCCACGGGGCUCGAAUUGGCUACUUCCAAGGUGACAUUCGACUCUUGAUGGAUGAUCUGAAAACACUCCAGCCAACAAUCUUCCCCGUUGUCCCACGUCUCCUCAACCGCAUGUUUGACAAGGUUUUUGGCCAAGCCAACACACCGCUGAAAAGAUGGCUGCUUGAUUUUGCCUUCAGAAGGAAAGAGGCGGAGCUUAAAAAUGGAGUAGUCAGAAAGGACAGCAUGUGGGACAAACUCAUCUUCAAGAAAGUGCAGGCGAGUCUGGGCGGCCGUGUGAGGCUCAUGAUUACGGGAGCAGCCCCAGUAUCCGCGACCAUCCUGACCUUCUUGAGAGCUGCUCUCGGCUGUCAGUUUUAUGAAGGCUACGGUCAGACUGAAUGUACAGCUGGCUGUACCAUGUCAAUGCCUGGGGACUGGUCAGCAGGUCAUGUUGGGCCUCCUCUGCCCUGCAAUGCUGUUAAACUGGUGGAUGUGGCAGAAAUGAAUUACCUGGCAGCCAAUGGAGAAGGAGAGGUGUGUGUCAAAGGACCAAAUGUAUUCCAGGGAUAUGUGAAAGAUCCUGAGAGAACAGCUGAGGCUAUUGACCAGGACGGAUGGCUGCACACUGGAGACAUUGGAAAAUGGCUUCCUAAUGGCACUCUGAAGAUCAUUGACAGAAAGAAACACAUUUUUAAGCUGGCACAGGGAGAGUACAUCGCCCCGGAGAAAAUAGAAACCAUCUAUGUUCGCAGCGAUCCUGUGGCCCAGGUAUUUGUUCAUGGCGACAGCUUACAGGCAUGCCUGGUGGGGAUAGUGGUGCCCGAUCCCGACUUCUUACCUAUUUGGGCCAAGAAAAAAGGGCUUGAAGGCUCCUACUCUGAGCUGUGCAAUAACAAGGAUGUGAAGAAGGCAAUUCUGGAGGACAUCUUGAAUUUGGGCAAAGAAGCAGGUCUCAAGUCCUUUGAACAGGUCAGGGACAUUGCAUUACAUCCCGAGAUGUUUUCUAUCCAGAAUGGUCUGCUGACUCCCACCCUGAAAGCCAAGAGGGCGGAGCUCCGGAGCAGCUUCAGAGAACAGAUUGAUGAACUUUAUUCCAAAAUUAAGAUGUAAUAGUUUUAUUGGGAAGCCAUUCAGAGACAGCCAGAACCAAACUGUUUAUUGAGGAAGUCCGUCUCACUUUUUCUGCAAGUGACAAUCUUAAUAAUUCUGUGGGGAAUGCUUUCAAAAGAAUUGGAUAAUAAAUUUCAAUGUAAAAGUAUAUUUUAUCCUCACUCUGAUUUAGUAACUGCACAGCUACAUUAUCCCAGCUAACACUGGCUAGCUGAAGGAGUUCUGCAGAACCUGUCAUCAUGUUUCUUAAAUUGGCAAAGAGGGUAGUGUGACUUCCUCCUUUUACUACCGUUAAGUCUGCCAGCUUCAUGGUCAGAAAGGUGAAUCCUGAAAACAUUUCUGCUAGUUUUAUUCACAAGAGCAACAGAGAAAAAUCUUUUAAAAUGCUUUUACAACAGUGACAGAUAUUGACUAUUUAUAUACCAUGACAUUUCAUGCUUUGGUUAUCUAUUUAAGGGGAUAUUUAAGAUCAUCUUUUUGUAAAUAGUGUAUCUGCUGGAAAAUUACAUUUGUGUACAGGGUACUGUUCCAGAUUCUCUGUAGCUUCCCUGCAUUCCCAUUUUCCUUAAUGCUGCCGGCUAAAGGACUGACUUGACGAACCUGCUUUAAUAACGUUUUUUUGGUUAACAGCCUAUUGGGAAUCAUGCUGGCUGACAGAUUUUGUUCCGUUUUAAAUGUUGCAUGUAAAAUAUUCUCUGCUGCUCUGCUGUACACGCAGCACCUCUUUUUAAAUGUCCUACAUUGGUGUGCCACAGGCUGAGGAAUGAAGCUGCACAGUCAUUGUUUGUAUAUUCUGCAAGUAUUUGGGGUAAAAACAUUUAAUAACAGUGAUUUUUAUAAUUGAUUUUUAGGAAGCCAAAUUGUUCAAAUGGUUUUCGUGUCUUUUACUGACAAUUUCCUAAAUCAGCAGCCUUCAUUUCAGCUAUUUGACAAAAAGGUUUGUUGUGAAUGCAGGUUGUGUGAUCAUUAUGGACAUCUAAUCAUGUGAAGGUCCCCUUAAUAGCAUAAGCCAUACUGUUGUUUUAGUUUUUAAUGAAUUGUGAUCUUAAAAAGGAGAAAUGUGCAGUUUUGUGCUUUAAUGGAAAUUGUAGGAUCUUUGUCUGUGCUAAAUAAAUACUUUUGUUCUGGUAA